GUACCUGGUGUGUGGCGGGCUCUGUGUGGUCGGUGCUUCUGAAGUUCCGUUGAUCCGACUAACAGCUUGUUUAAGCACGUGGUUCGAAUGUCAAGGUGUGAUUAAGUUCUGUAAACUUUGCACGCGUGCUACUGCUCUCAGCAACUCGUGAACGGAGUGAGGUUAUAACUCUUGAAAUUAUCUACAGUAACUUAAGGAAGUACUGGUGAGAAACUCGCAUGAUCUGGCUGGUUGGCUGGUUCAAUCAUGGUGAUGGUCAAUGGAUUGUCUUCAUGCUGUAGAACCUCAUGAACCAAAGGGACACUGCUGUGACUUGUGUUGACCCGUACCUCACGUGAUGGUAGCCGACGACGUACUCAGACGCUGCAGAGUGACCGUGGUGUGGUUCCUCGCCACAGCGGCGGUUCUGAAGAUCGCAGAAGGCUGCCAGUUCUACCCUGCGGGCGAGUACCUCAGGUUUGUUCGUGUACCUGAAAAUGUGCCUGUAGGGGGCGAAGUUCUCCAGAUCGAGGUCCACCCUCGACGAAAUCUCAGUCUCCAACCCGUUGACAAGGUGGAGGAUGUUGAAUACUUUACGUACCGGGAUGUGAACAGCCAGGUGGUGUCGGUGAUACUAGCCCAGAGUCUGGAGGAACUGGUGGACAGCGAGAGUCCUCAGAACGUGCUCAAGUUCCGACUGGUUUGUGACUACAGUGAUGGCGAAGACACGAUUUCGUCUUACCUGUCUGUGACAGUUUAUGUUGAGGACGUAAAUGACCACGCACCUCAGUUCAUCAAUGCGCCAUAUCACGUUACAGUGGAUGAGUUAACACCGACUGGUCUGACUGUCUUCCGAGGAAUUCACGCAGUUGACAGUGAUAAGCGAAACACUCCGAAUUCUGAUGUCCAGUACUCAAUUGUUGAUGGAAAUGAAAAAGGAAAGUUUGCUAUGGAGAGCAGUCAUCGGGCAGUUCUGGUGCUCAGACGCCCGCUGGACUAUGACGCAGGCGACCGGGAGUUUACGUUGACACUCAUGGCAUCGGACCGAGGUUCCCCGCCAAGAAACUCUACUACAAAUGUCCUAGUAUCGGUUCUCGACAACGAUGAUCUCAGCCCAAAGUUCUCUCAAGAUGUUUACAGAACACAAGUCACUGAAUUCUAUCCUCUGUCUGGUAAGAAAAUCCACCAGGAGCUGAUAUUCAAUCCUCAUAUAUUUGCGUAUGAUCAGGAUCUAGCAAUAGACGCACCCAUUCACUACGACAUCAUAUCUGGCAAUGAUCGACAUCUGUUUGCCGUUGACGGACUCAACGGCUCAUUGUUCCUGGACCAGGAAUUGGAUUUGGACAUGGAGAGAACACUGCCAGGAAAUACAUUUGUUCUCCAACUCCAAGCUUCUCAAGCUGACAACCCUCUGAAGACGGGACUUACCAGGGUGGAGGUUGAGUUAAUGGAUCUCAAUGAUAAUUUACCAGAGUUUGAGGUUGACCUCUAUAACAUCAGCAUCGUAGAAAAUCUUCCUAAUGGAUUUAGUGUUCUCCAGGUCAUGGCUCAAGAUAAAGAUCAGGGAGACAAUGGGGAGUUCACAUACCAACUUGAUGAUCCCAGCCAGGCAUUCAUAAUCGACCCUCGGACAGGAUGGUUGACCGUCAGAGAUCAGAGCAUGCUGGACAGGGAGAAGCAACCUUCUUUAGGCAUGAGGGUCCAUGCAAAAGAGAAGGUUCCUAGCAUAGUAAAGAAAGCAGACAACAGUAGUGCAGAAGCAUCAGUUGCUGUAGAGGUCACACUGCUUGAUGCAAAUGAUAACAACCCAAGUUUCACACCCAACAACUUGUAUGAAUUCACUGUUGAAAGUGAUGCACAAGUUGGAGAUAUUAUUGGACAGGUGAAAGCUACGGACCCUGACCUUGGUCGAAACGGAAUGGUGUUAUAUGAUCUGCAACGUCCAAGCAAUGGAUCCACGAAUAUUAGUCCAGUGCCAUUUGCCGUGGAUGCCCAGAAUGGUCAGGUGACGGUUAUUGAUUCUCCUCUCAGUGAGGGUCGCCAUGCUGUGUUUAUUGAAGCAUCGGAUCAACCUGCCAAUCCAAGUGAGAGGAGAUACUCGCUUGCAGUUGUAACCAUUGAAGUACUUAAAGUAGGAAGCAGAGCUGAAGGUGAUGAAGUGCCAGAUUUCAUUGGUGCCCCUUAUGAAUUCUGGGUUGGUGGCAAUGUUGGUGUGGGAACCAGUAUCGGCCAGAUACGCAUGACAGAUGCUGUUCGUAACAAUCAUGUUGGAUAUGAUCUGCUUCAUAGCUAUCAUGAUGGUGUUCCUUUUGCUGUCGAGGAGCGAUCGGGAACCAUCACUGUUGUGGAUGAAAUUUCCAAGUUUGAACAGCCUUUGUAUGAUUUUGAAGCUGUUGUGACAGAUGGACAAGACCUGACUUUGGUAACCAAUGUGACGAUCCAUGUGGUUGAUGAUGAAAGAGGAAUUGGCACCAAGGGACCACCGAUCGAAUUUAGAGUUCGAGAAAAUCUGUCUGGCGCAUUAGUGGGCCAGUUGCUGAACCAGAGCAAGGAUCAGAAUUCAUCGGAUGUGGGCCGCUGGAAGUCAUUACAUUUCAUUAUUGCAAAUCAGCAAGAUGUAACUGAUCGGUUUGCAGUGUCACAAGACGGGACAAUUUACACCCAACGCGGACUGGAUCGCGAAGAGAGAGACAUUUACCGGCUCACGAUAAUAACGGAAAACAGUCGAGGAUUGAUACGAGGCGCUGGGGUGUACCAGGUGAACGUCAUUGUUGAGGAUGAGAAUGACAAUGCUCCAGUGUUUGAACACUCCUCAUACGAUGGUCAUGUUGAAGAGAAUUCUGCAGGAGGUACGGAAGUGACGCUCAACCACCUGAUACAUGCUACAGAUGCAGAUGUUGGGCAUCAUGCACAAUUCAUCUUCACCCUUCAUGGAGAAGGCAGUGAACUGUUCACUGUGGAUCAGGCUUCCGGAAGAGUAUUUGUUAAAGGCUUGCUUCUGGAUCGAGAGGAAAAAGCAGUCUACUUGUUGAGAGUUGUGGCCAGAGACAAGGGUAACUUAAAAUCUGAAGUGAAACUAACAAUUCAUCUUGAUGAUGUGAAUGACAAUCCGCCAAGGUUCUGGCAAAUGGUUGUACUGCAUGAUCAAGAUGUGGAGAUCACAGAGUCUACUGUUUCCAGCACCCAGGAACAAAAGAAAAACACCAGUACAGCUGGUGGAGAUCAUCACAUUACAGAAUCUGUCACAACAAUGAACUUUACGCAGCAUCGCCACUUGCCUCCCGUAGUUUCAAUCUUGGAGAGCACUCCUGUGGGAACGCCAAUUUUGCGUGUGCUUGCUGGUGAUAGAGAUGCAGGUGUGAAUGCUACAAUCACAUACAAGUUAACAGGAGAAUCUCACAUUCCAGUGCACAGACCUUAUUUAAAGAACUACUUUACAGUUCAGUCACAAAAUGGUGAAAUUUUAGUGGUACGGACUUUGCUUCCAGAAACUGACUUCUUCUUGAAUAUGACUGCAACUGACGGUGGUGGACUGACGGACAAUGUGACGGUCAGAAUUCACGUGAAAGAUGUUAAUGACCAUGCCCCAGUUUUCAAAAAAUCAUGGUACAAUUUCGAUUUGGAAGAAGGUUCCUACACGGGGAGAUUUCUCGGUAGAAUUGAAGCGACAGAUGGGGACUAUGGAGAUAAUGCAAAGAUAAUUUAUAGCAUCCUUCAAAAUGAACAUGAUGAUGUAUCUGUGCUUCCAUUUAGAAUAUCUGAAAAUGAUGGAAUUUUGACGGUGACUGGUGAGACCGAUCGUGAACUUCGUGACUCCUACGCCUUCCAGGUCACAGCACGAGACAGCGGGCCAGUGAAUAAUCAACAUCAUAGCAUGGUUGAUGUUGAAAUUCAUAUACUGGAUGUAAAUGAUAAUGCCCCAUCAUUUUAUGAUUAUGACCAAGUAGUAGACAUUCCUUCUCAGAGUGAAGGCUUUCAUCAUUCAGAGUCAUCUAUAUCCACACCUGUGUACUAUGUAUCAGUGCUUGAAAACAGUUCACCAGGUACUGUUGUAACAAAGCUUUCUGCGAAUGAUUCUGACUUUCCUGGAAAUGGAAAUGGGCUGUUACUCUUCAACAUCCCUUACCCAAACCAAAAUGGCAUAAAUUUAUUUAGCAUUGAUUCAAAAGAUGGCACUGUAAUGACCAUUGGGAAAUUAAAUUAUGAGACUCAAAACAUUUAUAACGUAACAGUAGUUGCCUCAGACCUGGGAAACCCCAGUCUAAGCUCCACAGCUCUUCUGAUUGUCAGAGUAAUAGAUGUUCCAGAAGAUGCAGAAGAGAUUGCACAGCCAAUGUUUGCUCAUCGCUACUAUGAAGUGGAGGUUGAGGAGAACUCGCCGGUUCCCGUGGUGUUGUUGGUUUUAAAUGUGACAGAUGCAUACAGAGGACAAACUUUAAGGUACAGCAUUGUGCCAACUCCAGGUAGUGAUUCAUUUGAAGUGGCAUCAAGCAACGGUACCUUGUACAUGGUGCACAGCCCGGAUCGAGAGCAGCAAUCAAAGUAUAAUCUGAAGAUACAAGCCGAAGUAGCAAAAAGAAGCCGUGUGUUGCCCGUUUUGUUAUAUCCACUUGCUGCGGGAAGAUUAGCUGACCUAGCUCCCAAUGAAGUUAGAAUUAUUGUUCGAGUAAAGGAUGUGAAUGAUAAUGCCCCAAGAUUCGUAAUAAAUGGACGUCCAGUUGUAGCAGCAAUACCAACCAGUGCCACCUACGGAUACCAGAUAGUUAGAUUACAGGCUACUGAUCCUGAUGAAGGACUGAAUGCAGACAUACGUUACCAGAUCUUGGGAAGAGUUGAUGAUGAGUCCCGCAAGUUUGUUAUUGAUCCCAUCACUGGACAGGUUCGCUCUAUUGUGAGCUUUGCACACGAUGCUGGUCGUGUCUAUGGUUUUGACGUGAAAGCCACAGAUAAAAGAGGAGCAGAUGAUGGAAGGUCAGCCAUCACAAAUGUUUUUGUAUAUGUCCUUGAUGAAGAGAAGCAGCUGGUGAUGGUUAUGGGUUCAAAGCCGACUACAGUUGAGAAGGAUAUGGAGAAUAUAACCAAUGCUCUCUUCAAUUUGACUGGUUUAGAUGUGCGAGUCAGAAAGAUUGAACCUCAUGUGGAACGAGACAUUGACGAGGGCAGUGCGACUGACUUAUAUCUUUAUGCAGUCGACCCAAGGAUGAACAUUAUCAUUGAUAUGGACACAUUACAGAACGUCCUGAACAAGAAGCAGUCUGACAUAAAGCAGCACUUGGAGCACUACCGAGUUCUAGAAAUAGCCAAUGGAGCUCCUGUUGUCAAUAAACCACGGAACCAACGUUACCUACUCUCAUCUCUUGAAGUGGGAGUGGUUGUGCUCGGUUGUGUUGUGUUUGUGGGCGCUCUGGCAGCUGCAAUAUGUGUUGGGUGCGUCCGCAGGGGAAAACAGAGAAAACAACAGAAGAAUAAAUCUUACCCAUCACAAGCGGGUUUCAACAUCAGCAAUCCAACAAACCCCAUAAUGAGAACCACUUCAAAAGCUCACCUGUUCCCUGCAUCAUAUCUUGAUAGCAUGGGGUGUGGUGACACAACAGACACAUAUGUUGAUCUGCACUCCAGCAAGUCAGUGGUCUGUGGUCCACUCUUCCAUCAGCAUCAUGAUCCAAGCUGCUCCAGACUCCGUGAACACCAGGGCCAUAGCAGCUCAGUAGGCCAGCACCUUCGCCCGGUGCGUUCCAACAGCAAUGUAGCAGCUGCCACUACUGGCCUGGAGGCUUCCAUUACGUCACUCCAGUCCAGUGGGCAGGAUUCUGGUAUUGGACGUUGUGUUUGUGGGCAUUCCACCAGUCACUCAUCUGGUGACAGUAGCAAUGGCAGUUAUGAAGACUCCUUGAAAUCGCUCCGUCAACAUACCAUCAGUGGAAGUAACACUCGACACACAAGCCUCAUGAGACGAGGUAACGACAUUUCGACAAGAAGAAGACAGCGUCACAACUCCAUCAGUGGGGAUGUGGUGCGUCUAGCACCUGACAUACAACAGCAGCCUAUGAAACAGCAGCACAAACCCUCAGUUCUUAUAGGAGCUUCUAAUUCGGCAUUAAUUCGAAGAACGAGCGAAAGAUCAAUUAUAUGUCCAUUGACAAACGAAUGAGAGCAUAUUAAUUGGUUUUAUGAAAUGUGAAGCAUCCAUGAUUUUGAUGAUUUUGUCAUCAUUGAGGCUGGAAGAUCCUGUUAUAUUUAUAACGUUGCAAUUUUUGUAUGAUAAAAAAGUGGUCUUCGUGUCUAGGGUAAGUGAUCAUUUUGUCAAAAAAGAUAAUUGAAGAGUAGAUGAGCCAUGUUCUAUUAAGUACAAGCAUCCUUAUUUGUUUUACUCACCUUAGACUAAGGACCAUUUUUUUAUGUUGUAGGAGUUGUCCUGGAAUAAAGCAAUUACAGUAAGUUCUCAGUCAUUGCUGUUCAGAAAAAUAUGGUCUUUGUUUGGAACAGGUACGAGGAAACCACAGUAUAUUAUUACUUUAAAAAUGACAAAUUAUGACAGUUGUUACCCAAAAUGUUAUGUCAUCUCUUAGGCAUUUACAUAUCCUACAAAUAAUACAAGUAUAGAAGAUUUUUAAGAUAUGCAAUGCAUAAGUUCUUUUCCUACUUGAUGUAUACCACGCACUUCUGUUGAAAGACUGGUUAAUAUAUAUUUGCAGUCAUGUAAAAGUAUUUUAUAUCUAGUGAUAUUAUUCAUUAGAGAAUACUAUGACAAUUUUAUUUUUAAAGUUAAUAUUUAAAUUAUCUUUCAUGUGUGAAGAUUAUGUUUAAUUUUGUAUGGUUUCUUUAUGAACUGUGAUGUGAAUUUUAUUCGAUAAUCUGGUAAUAGAGUAUAAUGGCAGGAUGCGGAGAAGGCAAUGUGAAUUGAACAAUGGCUGUAUUUUUUUAAUUCUAUGUUACAAUAGUGGCCUUGGCUUAAUUGAAGGGCAAGGAUAUGAAAUUUUAGGUAUGAUACUUAAUCUCAUCUGUCAAAAGUGAUGUCAAAACAAAACAAGGAAAAGAGACAAGCAAUAUUGUUUUAGUGUAAGGGAAGAAGUUUUAAUGUCUCCCUGACAUAAUUCUCUGUCUGCGGCUCCUCGCUGUGUGAAGGAGUAGAAAAUUAAUCAAAGUCAACUUUGAUACAAUGACCAUGACAUGGAAACUUUGGAGUGCACAGAGUGAAGGCAAAUGUCCGUGUUCAGAUGUUGGGAUUGAUGGAUGUGUUGUUAGGUUUUCUGCGUGUCGGAAGAGUAGCCGUGUGAUUUAGAUCACGGUCUUGGCUGGCCGGUGUCUGGUUCUCGUACUAAAGUAACGAGAUGUGGACUGAAGUAAGGAAUGAACUAAAUGCUCAUUAAUGUAGCAAAACCAAGGGUUAAAUUUUAAAAUAUUAUUGAGAAGGUUACAUCACACAGAAGUAUUUGGAAUAUUUUAGCGGUUGAAUUACGUAAACCUAAAUUCUGAGCUGUUCUUGGGCAGUAAUUUUUAAUUAAAUGACGUGGUGUUUAAUAAAGUGAUAUUAUAGCAGGCCUAGUUUAAUUGAACUUUGUUUACUUGUUAUGAAUUCAGUAUAGCAGAACUCUAACAGAAUUUUGAUAGUCUGGUGUUUUUAAUAUUAUACUAUUGCUUCUGCUGCUACUGCUACUACUUCUUUUACUCAUUACAUUAACCACCACAACAGCCAUAAUAAUGCCUAACUUCAGAACACCCCAGAAGCUGAUGUGAUACUUGCAAAAUGGCCACUAUUUGGAAAGGAAAGAUGAUAAGUAAAAAAAAAAAAUGCCACAAAAUGUGGGAAAUUCAAAUGAAAUGACAUGUAUUUUACGUGAUAGAAGCAUUGAAAUGAUAGGAAAUAUAACAAGCCUGAAAAAAUUCAAGAUUUUAGGUCGUGGCCUUAUGUCGCCAGUCAUAGACUAGAGUUCGUAUUUUUGAAAACUGAAGACUGAAAAAUCAAUAUUAAACCUGAGAUUGAGAAACUUUCUUUCAAUUUGAUCUUGAAAUUUGAGAUUUACACGUGCCUACAAAAUAUUAAAAACUACCAAUAUUUCACAACUGCCCACCUUCCCUUUUGGGGUUGAUGGGCGUAAUGCUGUUCCCAGUGGAAUAUAGAAUAAAGAUGGCAAGUAUUUCAGGUGCUAAUGUGCCUCAACUAUUGAUAUAUUAGAUCCCUACAUUCCUAAAUUCUAUAGCCGUAUACAUUUUCUUCCACAGCGGACACAGAGUUUCGUUGCUAGCCACUUGAUAUAAUGGUUUGAGAAUUGAAAUAUUCUCAAGGAACAUUUAGAAUGGGAUGAGGGCAAAAGAACAGUGAAGGUAAACAAUUUGUAAGAUUUGAGGUUUUCACAGCGGUGAGUAUGAAGAUUUCUGUCUUCUGGGUUGUUCCGCCGUGUAGUCUGGUAAUGUCCACUAGCGUUUCAGAGGUCAUGCUGCUUCCGUCAUCACGGCGAUGAAUAUGCAUAUGACCUCUGAAACGUUGGUAAACAUCGACCAGACUACACAGCGCAACAACCCAGAAGAUAGAAAUCUUCAGAUUAAGGAUUAUUGCUACUAGGUGUUCCUAUCAUUGCCUUCAGCACAUUAAGCAUCCCAGACAUACAUAUAGGAAUGUGAAAUGACUCAUUAUUCUGCAUGUUUUAAAUUCUUGUAUAGUUUACUUGUAAAUUUAGUCAUUAUUCUUAAUACUUCUGUGUCUGCUUGAAACAUCUCGCAGUACAAUAUUCUGCCUUAUUUAAUAUUAUCACGAGUUUGGUAAAUAAUUUUGUUGCCAUAUUUGUCUGUAAUUGUAAAAUUUAGAAGUCAUUUGAGCUCUGAGCUACCAAAUACAGAAAGUCACUUGUGGAAACAUGAUAAAUUAAACAUUCAACUUUCAUCGUAAUAUACAGUUUCAAACCAGCUUAUGAUACAUGAGAAUUCUAUGUACCAUUGUUAUGUUUAUGAAAAUCUCUUCGCAAAAGAAUAUUAUUUCUGUGUGAGUACAUCAAUUUUUGAGACACAUUUCCACAGUGUUCCCUCGUCUAUAGUGACAAAUGAUUUCUAGGAACUAGAUGGGAUGAUAUUUUAAGAUAAAUUCUAAUUAAAAAUUUAUACAUCAGUUUUUAACCAUUUGCUUCAAAAUUCUUAGUGAAGGAAACAGAAAUUAGACUGAUAAUCAUAACACUGGAUCAUUUAGUCACAGAAGCAGUGCCCGGACAUGUAAUGCAGUUUACGAUUGUUUAUGGUCUGCUAUUUUGUAGAUGUUUUACACUUACUACAGUUGUUGGAAGUUUCUGACAACAUUGAACUGUACAAUUUCUAAGUUACCACUACUAUGGAACCAUCACUCAAGUGUUCAUAGUAGCCCUGACAUUUUCUUACGCCGUGUACUUAGCUGGGCCGAACUGUGCAAUAUUUAUACGUGUAAAUAGAAACUGCCAGCUAAUGCUAGGCCCACAUUUGUAAGUAAGUGCCGCUUAGCUUGUUUAUAUUUAGAAAUAAAAAUAUGCAAAUAAUUGUAAAACUGUAAUGAUGUAUAAAUACAUGCAAAUUUAAUAUA